UCACUGCUGGGAGCCAUGACUGCCCCAGACACCUGGGUCCCCUUCCGGCUGCCCCUCCAGCUCAGCCUCUACCUGCUCGCCAUCAUGACCUUCUCCUUCCUCAUCCACCUAUGCAGCUGGUUCCCCACCGCAAGGAAGAGGCUCCCCUCCCCAAAUGCCAUGGACAGGUCCCCAUCCCCCUCCACAACCCCCACCAUGGAGCGGGGCAUGUGGACCGUGAACUCUGCCGGGCGCUUGGGGAACCAGAUGGGGGAAUACGCCACCCUCUACGCCCUGGCCAAGAUGAACGGGCACCAGGCCUACAUCCUCCCGGAGAUGCACCAGCAGCUGGCGCCGCUCUUCCGCAUCACCCUGCCCGUGCUCUCCAGUGACGUGGUCCAGAACAUCCCGUGGAAGGACUACAGGCUUCACGACUGGAUGUCAGAGGAGUACAGGCACAUCGAGGGGCAAUACGUUCGGCUGACGGGCUACCCCUGCUCCUGGACCUUCUACCAUCACCUCCAGCAGGAGAUCCUCCAGGAAUUCUCUUUCCAUGACCACGUCAAGGAGGAGGCCAACCGGUACCUGGCCGGGCUGCGUGGGCAGCGCCGGAAUGUGACCUACGUGGGCGUGCAUGUCCGGAGGGGGGACUACGUCCAGGAGAUGCCCAAGUUCUGGAAGGGGGUGGUGGCAGACAAGGCUUACCUGGAGAAGGCCAUGGGCUAUUUCCGGGCCAAGUACCAGGAGCCGGUCUUCGUGGUGACCAGCAACGGGAUGGAGUGGUGCCGGGAGAAGAUCGACGCCUCGCGGGGGGACGUGUAUUUCUCAGGGGACGGGAAGGAGUCGUCGCCAGGGAGGGACUUUGCUCUCUUGGCCCAUUGCAACCACACGAUCAUGACCAUCGGGACCUUCGGCAUUUGGGUCGGCUACCUGGUCGGUGGGGAGACCAUCUACUUGGCCAACUACAUGCUCCCCGAUUCCCCCUUCCUCAAGAUCUUCAAGCCUGAGGCUGCCUUCCUGCCUGAGUGGAUCGGGAUCGAUGCCGAUCUCUCCCCCCUGCGGCGUGGGACAUCUGGCUAAAGGAGCUCAGCUGGUGGCCACAUGCUGCCAAUGGGAUCUACCCACCAGGACUCGACCGGUCG